AAAUACGCGAACAGUGUUCUCCGUCUUGCAAUUUCGACAACAGUUGAUAUACUCGGUUCGGGAAGUGUAAGUCGUGAGAUGAAUUUCGAGAAAUGGUUCCGAGAUGCGAUCACGAUGAUAUCGCUGUCGAACAACAACGCCAAUCUCACUGAGCAGAUAUCUAUGGGAACGUUAACCACAUGGGCAAAAACAAACGCACAGCAGUUGAGGAAUUGGCGAUUGGGCAAAGUGGGUGCAUUGAAACGAUUGUUCGGUGCUGAACGUGAUAGUGCAGAGAUGAAUGAUCCAAAAUUGACGCAUUUUAUUGCUGAACACGCACACCCGUCGCUUGAGAAUGCAUGUCGUGAUCUUGAGCAGACGAUGUCUCGUUUGAACAUAGUGAUCUCGAAGCUGACCUCGGAUCAGGGCAAGACGAUUCAGAACGAUUUUAUGUCGCUGAGCAGUAUUUGUUCAGUUGUUGAGAACAAUCUCGGUAUGGUGGCGGUUAUCUCGCGAGCAACGCGAUCGUAUUCGAUCGGACUUCGGAACGCCGACCUCGAGGUUGCGUCAUAUCGAUUGCCAUUUUUGUUUUUCUUUCAUUAA